ACAUGAAAAUAUUACCCAAGUAUGUGCUGGAAAAUGAAGAAACAUAUGAUGGAUGAUUACAUGGGUGAAGUAACAGAAUAAUGCAGCCAUAACUCGGGUAGACAUCAUGGAAUUUUCAAUACAUACUCACAAGAUGACGGAUUAUGGGUAAUUGGUGCGGCAGACAUACAUAAAGUUGGCGGUUUAAGAGAAUGUUUUCUUAAGUAGAUACAAUAAAAUGGGAGUAUGAACAUUUAAGAAGUAAUUGAAGUUCUCUUCUGGAUGUGGUGUAAACGCACCUACAGCUACUGGAAGCGACAUGGCAUACCGUAUGUCAAACCUCUGCCUAUAAUUGGUACCCUAAAGGAUGUUUUUAAAAUGGAGAAAAAUGUUGCCCUACACAUUGCCGAUAUGUACAAUUAUCCUGGCAUGGAAAAGGAACCCGUUGUCGGCAUUUAUGUACUCCAUCAACCGGCACUGGUGAUACGUGAGCCAUUGCUUAUCAAAUCUGUACUUAUAAAGGAAUUUCAUAAUUUCCAUGAUCGUUAUUGUAAAAUUGAUGAAAGUGUCGAUCGAUUUGGUUCUUUGAAUUUAUUCUUUGCCAAAUAUGAUAUAUGGCGUGACAUGAGAAAGAAGCUGGCUCCGACAUUUACCAAUGGCAAAUUAAAGUUAAUGUUUCCUUUGCUGACAGAGAUUGCUAAUGAAUUGGAGGCUUAUCUGCUGAAGAAAGGCGAUGAGUACAUAACCGAAGUGAAGAAUAUAUGCGGUCUCUUUACCACCGAUUCGAUUGCUUCCACCGGCUAUGGCAUUCAAGUGGGAAGCUUUCAAAAUCCUUACAGUGAAUUUGCUGCUCAAAAUUACAAUAACCAUCAAAGUAUACCCGCCCAUGAUCAUUUUAUUAUGUUCCUGCUACCAAAAAUAUCCAAACUUGUGAGGGCACAAAUGUUCCGUAAGAAAUAUGAUCGGUUUUUGAGAGAUUGUCUCAAGCAUGUCAUGGAUAAACGCAAGGAAUCUGGCAAGGAACGUAAUGAUCUCAUUGAUACACUUAUACGUCUGUGCAAAGAGGCUGAAGGGAGUGAUGAGUAUCCGGACAAGGAUUUGUAUAUUGAUGCUAUUUUGGCUCAGGGUGCUGUCUUCAUAGUGGCUGGAUAUGAGACCUCUUUAUCGGCUAUCGCUUUUACUCUCUACUUAUUGGCUAAAAGUCCUAAAUUGCAGAAACGUUUGCGCGAGGAAAUAAAAAAGAUUUUGCACGAAGGCAAAGGUGAGGUUACCUACGAAGCUCUUAAAUCAAUGGAAUAUUUGGAUAUGGUUAUGCGAGAGAGCUUGCGCCUAUAUCCGGCAGUGGGAUUUUUGGAGCGAAAACAUCAUGCCAUGGAUGGGGAAUUUUCCCUGGAGCCCUAUCAUAAAUUUAAGAUACCCAAUGGGAUGCCCAUUUUUAUAUCGAAUUAUGCCAUACAUCGGGAUCCUUUGUACUGGCCCAAUCCUGAAGUUUUCGAUCCAGAACGUUUUUCCCCCCAAAAUAAGGAGGGCAUUUCUCCUUAUGCUUACCUGCCUUUUGGUUUGGGGCCACGUAGUUGCAUGGGUGGCCGUUUGGGACUUCUAAUAUCAAAAGUUGGAGUUUUGUAUUUUCUGAAAAAUUAUGAAGUAAGGCAAUGUCCACAGACUGUGGAGAAAAUGUCCUUUAAUCCGAAUAUGCUGACACUGGAAUGUAAAGAUGAUAUUAUUUUGCAAUUUGUUAAGGAUCCUCUUUGGAGAAAUGCUUAAUCCUUACAAAGAUAGAAAAAAAUCCGAGAACAAGUUAUUAAGGCUGUAGGAAACAAUUAAAUAAUAAAGAAUAAAAUAAAAUUGGUAAGAUUUUCAUAUUUAA